AUGACUGCGACUUUGAACGGGACGUUCAACUCGGCCCCUGACACACCUUCCGUCGUCUAUCCCGAUCGUCUGAUUCGUCCUCUCCCCAAACGGACCUUGCGUUCCCGCCUGUCUAUCGACGCCGCCGACACCAUCCACUAUCCACCAACUCCCCCAGCAUCACAGAUCUUUUACGGAGUGUCUGGAGAUUCUGAAGAGGCGGUGAAUGACUCCAAGGUCUAUGUGCAGCAGACCAUCGAAUCGGAUCGACAAGAGCUAACCCCCGAGGCCGAAUCUCACCACGCCUUUGAGACGGCAGCCGAGCUUGAAAGUGGAGAUGAAGAUGCGCCAGUAGUGGUACGUCGCAGUGCAGGAUUUAGAGGUUCUCUGUCGCCGGUUUCCAGCACACAUCCAGGAUCAGGGAAAGACGGAGUUUCGAAAUCUUCGACUGGACCUGACGGUUACGACGCAUUUGAAAAUACCAACAAUAAAAAGAAACGAAAAAUCCCCACUCCGGGCAACAUGCCUGGUCACCAUUCUGCUUUAUCGCCGGAGUUUGCCAACAUGGGCUUGGCUAACUCAAACUCCGCUCCCCCACCGGCCGGUGAUGGAACGGGUACCGGCACAUACUAUGGGAAUGGAAACCCAGCUUCUCCGUUGGGCAGUGGAAUUUCUGGCUCGGGCCGAGGGCGUCUUAGCGGACGUGUAUGUCCCCGCAUCGGCCAGGGACGGAACCCGUUGUCGGCGAAUGCUCAGAACGCAUGGAUGAACACUCGGACCCCGAGUCGGCGGGAUGGACUGAUGUCAUCCCCUGGACCAUCUGGCGAUUCGUCCGACCAAGGAAUUAUUUCCACGGCCAUCGCAAAUGCCGCUAGCCUUUCCUCACCUACCCGGGGCCCCAGCAACGUUAGCUUGCUGGAGCAGGAAAACACCACACCGACCAAGACACAGUUCACUUUCACUUGCGAGUCCGAUUCAUCCAAGGGUAUGGCAAUGCAGUCAUACUCGGUUCCCCAUCGUUCGCCCACUUCUCCUCUUGCUGUAACCACCGGCAACUCCCGAGGAUUUUCCACCCAGGGUACACAGACAAGCCCCAAUUUAAACGACCAAAUCCCACCGGGAUCGCAUGCGCCCGUGUCAGAUCAAUCCCCUGUCACUCGCCAAAAGAAGCGAUCUCCUAGCGCUGUUUUCGCUUCGGCUUCCCGCCAGCGAAAAAUCCAGCAACAAUACACCAACAUACAUCAUCCUCCUAGCUUGGAAGAUAUUUGGAUCUGCGAAUUUUGCGAAUAUGAAAGCAUCUUCGGCCGUCCUCCCGAGGCACUGAUCCGCCAAUAUGAGAUCAAGGACCGGAAGGAACGAAAGCGACUUGCUGAAAAGAAGCGUCUUUUGGAAAAGGCCAAGAUGAAAGGUCGAAAGACAAAGAAGACGUCAAAGAAUGCGUCAAAGAAUGCCUCAGGCCACCACAGCUAUGACCGAGCUUCAGUCGAUCACUCCUCUGCAACUGGGUCGGGGCCUCAUGAUGAUGAUUAUGUGGGCCACGAGUAUGAUGAAGAACCAGAACUACCGACUCCCAAUCCUGAAUCACCUACCGACUUGAAACCCCCUCUACCGCCCGAUAAUCACCCAAAGUUAUCAGCAAGUGGGGGGACUGUCAAGGGUACUGCAGACGCUGGCACCAUGCGACCACCCUGA